CCUCGAUCAGCUGAUGAAUUCGGGAGCUGCCGGAAAGGCUGCGAUCGGCAAAAUGGAAGGGGCGCUGGAGAUUCAUUUGGAAGAUACUAUGAAGAAUCCCUCCAUUGCGGGAGUCCUCUGCACCGAUUCUCAGGGGCUAAAUUUGGGCUGUCGUGGCACCCUCUCAGAUGAGCAUGCAGGUGUAAUAUCUGUUUUGGCCCAGCAGGCAGCAAAAUUAACUUCUGAUCCAACAGAUAUUCCUGUUGUAUGUCUUGAAUCAGACACUGGCAAUAUCAUGAUCCAGAAGCAUGAUGGCAUCAUAGUGGCAGUACAUAAAAUGGCAUCUUAAUCUUGAACAUUCACAGUAUUCAUUGCUCUUCAAGAAAUCACUUUUGUGGAACUGUCUUCUGCCAGUUAAUACAAAUAGGAUAUCCAAGCUCAUGAAGCCAGAACCUAAUUGAAUCUGUCAAUAUCUUCACUUGCCUACCUUGGUACAGAGUGUAUCUGCAGAACUUCCAUUGUUUCAUCUUUUGAGUAAUGAAGCACUUUUUUAUUGCUGGAGAGACAGCAGCUUAACAGAUGGCCCCAAUGUUAGAGGAACUGAAAAAUGUGUUGAGGACAAGUAAUGCAUUCUAUCUUGACUAAAUAUUGUGUAUCUACUUUGAUGUAGCAGAAGAAUCUGUUAAGAAAAUCGUCUUCCUUAGCCCAUUGAAACUACAAAUAUAUUUCAUCUCAAGCUUGGCUCUUGGUGACUUACGUGGCUAAAUUUAUGUAGCUUUGUUGCCAACAAAUGCAAGAGGUUGGCCAUUGCCGCCUUAUCUGAUAUACUUUUCAGUUUUUCACUCUAUAGCUUUGGAUUUCCUAUCUCAGUUCAAAUACUAAUCAGGACCAAUUCGAGAUAACUUUCUAGAUCAGUCAAGGAUGGUCAAGUAUUGCCAUCUUGCCCAAAAACAAAAAAGCAAAAAAAAAGUAUUGCCACCUUGCAUAUUGGCAGAUAUUUAAAGGAGUUUGAUAAUAACAGCAAUGUGGUUUUUGCACUGCUCUUUUCUAAAGAGUAACCUAGAAAAUAAAUGUGAACAACUUCUUGUCUAAUCAGC